CCAGCACCACAGUUGACCAAUCAAGAUGCAAGCUAGCUGUGAUGUCACGACGCUGCUGUGGCUGUGCAGCGAGGCGACUCUUGCUUCCUUUACAGUAAUUUUCUUGUAAUUAUUUUAUUCGAGCUUUUGAAUCUCAGUGCGAAUGACAGUCAGUGAGGGACAGAGGCGCGUUUCAUGUAGUGUAAGCCGUCGAAGGAUCGACUCCAUGGAGGUCGUGGACAGCCCGCUCAACCUUGCUCACCAGCAGUGCAGACAGGCCGACCGUUUGGUAGCUGCUGGGAAGUAUGAAGAGGCCAUCUCCUGCCAUGGAAAAGCAGCAGAUUUUCUGACUGAGGCAAUGAAGGCACCCGUGUGUGAGCAGGCUCGUUUGUCCAUGGAGCUGCAGAGGGACAGUCACAUUAAACAGCAACGGUUAAUCCAAGAGCGCUGGAAGAGAGAAGCUCGGCGAGAGGCGGUUAAGACACGACUUGGUCUAGUGCAGGCUACCGGGCCAGGGUUCUUUUCAAAAUCUCCGUCCACGGGCAGCAGCCGGCCCUAUGCCUCUCCAGGCGCCUCAGCUGCAGAGCUUGGAAGCGUCGGGGAGAGGGAGUAUGACACCUUACUAUACCAGCUUCAGACUCGGCAGACUGGAGGAACACAGAUUUUAACUCCAGUGUGUUCGGGAUCUAAGACCACCAAAGAUGACAAAACGCGCCUGGAAGAACAACAGACGACCAUUGAGAACUUGCGACUCCUGGUUGACGGCCUGACGAACGAAAACCAGCAGCUGAGAGCCGAGAACGAGCGGCUACGACUGGAAAACAUGAGGCUGCACUCGGAGGCAGCCGACUUUGUGGAGCGCUCCGAGCUCUGGGUGCUCCCACAAGCAGGUGGUCCUAUGGGAACCGGAGUUGGACAGGGAGGGGAGAGUAAAAGGAAGGGAAAGGAGAUCGCAAUCCCUCAGCUGCCACCGUUGGAAAUGCCAGCUCAGGAAGACCUGUGUCUGGAUGACCUGCCUCCUCUGGAGCUGCCAGAGGACAUCCAGAAUGAACUGCAGGAGCUACUAGACAGGGAUAAGCUGUAAUAGAACACAUCACACACACAUACACACACAUACAUGUGGUUCAACCAGUACGACUUUGAGUUCAGAUGCCAAAACGUUAUACAGUGAAAGCUACCGGCUCGACCCACGAGGCCUCUGCUCAGGUGGAAUCAGACGACAAACGGGAACAUCAGAGAGGGAGGAAGUGAUAACGCUACUAUCACUGGUGCAAGGCAGUCCAAGCCGCAGAUAAAGGAAACGUUCACUAAUCUGUGAGAACAGCAGCGAGGCUGUGUGUCAGCAUGACAGGAAUACGGGCAAGGUUCAAGGUUUUCCCAAAACUUUCACUUAUGUCUCAGACUUCUACUGUGUUAUCACAUGACCCAGAUCUCAUACAGCAUUCAACGACAGCUUAGUUCUGUCAGCAGCAGAUCAGCUGAUGUUUCCCACAGAUUUAGACUUUAUUUAAGGUGUUGUGGAAGCGGGGGUGUGUGCAAGUGUGUGCAUUAUUAUGAAAGGACACACACAGCUUUCCUACAAGAGUUAUGACAUAAUUCUGUGUAUGUGUGCUUUGUGGCUCCAAACUCAGCUGUUCUCAGAAUAACUGGUCCUGCGGAUGAACUCCGUCCUGGACGUUCUGUUCCAGGUGUUCGGCACCGCAGGCCUGAGCUGGAUUUUAAGUGACAUGAGAGGUAAAGACUGAGUGUCGAUUGUCUGGAUGAACUGCUCCUAAAAUUCUUUUGUAUCCACACAGAUGCAUUCAGAUCAUGUGUAACUUAAUUAUAAGAAAGCAUACUGGUGUUAGGGAAAAGCUUGUAAUAGACUCAUUGAUGUUUUUCUGAGCAGAUACUUGAAGGCUUAUAAAACAAACAAGCCUUCUGAUGUUCUUCUUAUUCCCCACCAGAAAUGUAGAGACACACGGGUUAUCAAUGUGUCAGUGGGGAUCAAUAGGAAUGAGGGCUGACGCGCACACAGUGUCAUCAGCGAGCAGAUAUGUUGAUCUAUUCUGAAGAGUUGAUACAUUAAGGUUUCCAACAAACACCAUGUGAAUAAUGACAGUGUUCUUCAAAGGUCAAAGGGCAGAGUCCAUCAGAUGCUUCACACAGUUCUUCAAAAACAAGUGUAGUUGUGGGUUGUUGUGUCUCAGGAUCUUCAUGUCUGUACUGUUUAUGAUGUUGACGUCAUUCAUCGUGUCUUGUUGACUCUGCUAACAAACUGUAGUCUGCAUUUUAUUUCCUGUUUUGAAACCAAGUAAUUAUUCAUUAAUGGAAAUGUUUAGUCCUGAGCGUUUGCAGUACCAUAUCAUCUGGUGGUCACGCAUACAUUAAACUACAGUGUGCUCUAAUGGUAACAUCAGCUGUGUUUACUGUAGACCACAUGUGAAUACAGUCAGAAUACUUGACUUCUUGGACGGGUGCAUCUCAGCAGGCCUGGUUUCCAACACACAAAGAGCAUGAAGGCAGCAGAGCACUCAGCUCAAAUAAACUCAUUUUGACUGGGGUGAGCAGACGGUGACGGGCUGACUCUGUGUCAAGCCCCAAAGUUAAGCCUCACCAGUAUCCAAAUAGCAGAGGCAUGAAAGGCUGCUCACCCUCCUUAUAGCUGUGGCAGGGUAAAACUAUUGUUUGAGGCCAGUGAACAUGCUUUCUAAGAUAAGAUAAGAUAACCUUUAUUAGUCCCACACGUGGGAAAUUUGUUUUCUAAUGUGGGUAGCUGGGCAUUGUAACGUGAGUCUAAGGGGAAAGAGUCUGUCUUGGCGCGAGCUUCAAGUGGCCGGUGGAGGAACUACAAUUUAUGUCAGUUACACGUUUUUAGUCCCAAAUGUGGCAGUUUGUACAUUACCUGCAAAGCCAAAAGAAGCACCUUCGGUAAUCUGAAGCUCUCUUAAAUGUUUGGCUCACAGUCAUCCCAGGAUGUGACUUUGUGAAUUUCUUUUUGUUUGGAUGCCUCAAAUAACUGAAGAUAUUUUGAUCCACAUCAUAAAAUCUGAUCACAAACAUCCAUGACAACAGAAGGAGCAGAAUGCAGCAUAAACUGCAGGCAGGGCACGUUUAUAUUAUCAUAGGCCGUCCGUGAACAUCCAGCGAGGCUAGUCCAGCUUAAUCACAAAGCCAUCCCUUUAAAAGAUUCUUAUUGAUGGAUCAUUCAUGUCCCGACACUCACCGGCUCCUGAACUGAAGCUGUGGUGCAGCUUUAACCGAGCUGAGCAGCGUUUAGUCCAGCAUGUCUACGAGCAAAGCUGAUCGUUUAUGUCGGCACAACAGAAUAAAGAGGACUCGAGGCAACUUGUUUACUGUGUUGCUUGCAGUCUAAUGCAUGCAGCACGUGCAUGCAUACUAUCACAUAUUUCGAGGCACUUGUACAAACUCGUGUAUUCACUUAAGAGAGUGCAUUUCCUUCCUGGAUCCACUAUGAUGAAGAUGAAGACGUGGCUACACACAGGACACUUUGCUGCAUUUCCCAGCUAUGCAAAACUCAUUCAUUGUAAGCCACGUGUUUGGCUUAGCUGGCCUUUAAAUCGAUGGUGAUGUGAACAGUUGUACAAAAUGAUGUUCUGUUUUUGAAUAAAGCUAACUGACUGUCA